AUGGAAAUAUUACAGAACUCUUUGCUUUUUGUGUUAACAUUAACUGCAAGUUUAUAUGUUUGUGAAAGUGCUAAAAUAAACACUCCAAGGGUGCUGUUACCAUGGUUUGAAAAUUUAUAUGUGAAUUUCACUUUUGAAAUUAUUGAAGGUGGUUGUUAUAAAUGGAGCUUGUCUCGCGAUGACAUCAUUGAUCUUGAAGCCCUGUACGAUGAUUCCUGGGGUCACUGUUCUCGUGCCGCUCGGGUUUCGGUCUCUAAAACAUGUAUACCACCUGGUUCGGUUAUUAUUCUAGCCGAAGAAGUGAACACCGGCGAGAUAUUGCGUGGUGAUGUUGAUGUUGACAUAAUUAGUUCUUUAAAAAUAACAAGUACAACUUGGAAGCUCUUUCUAGAAGAGGCACCAGAAGCUUUUGAAGUUGUUGCUUAUGAUGAUCAAGGGAACAAGUUUUCAACAUUGGAAGGGAUCAGCUUCAGUUGGACUGUGGAGAAUGUUGGUAAUAAUUACGGAGAAGAUCCUUUGGUUGCUUUUGUACGUUGGCGUGACACAGACUAUGAAGCUCCACCUGGCAUUGCAGAACUGGAAGCCAAGGGUCUUAAAUCACAUUCAUUACUUUUGUAUGGACAAGCAAUGGGAGAGUGCAAGGUUACAGUUUGUCUAGAGGACAUUUGCACAGAUUUCAACUUAAAAGUUGUAGCUAGUGUUGCGCUAAUGCCAGCCACAGCCGUUAUAGCACAUGGUGAUACAUUGAGAUACAAAGUCGUUAGAAUGCGCGCAGGCCGUCUCACUGUACAAAAUGUAGUAGACACAUUAUACAGUUUAAGAGUACCAGACAAUAACAUGGUUAAAUUAGAGGAUGCAAUUAGCUUAGUUCGAGGCACAGAAAUUGGUACAACCACUGUCUUUCUGAUGUCAGGAUUAACUGAAGUCGCUACAGCUUUAUUAACAGUGGCUGAACCUGAUAGCAUUCGAGUUACUUUAAGACCAGCAAAUUUGGUAAUAUAUGGUGAAGAGUUUGUGAUACAUUGUGUAGUGUAUGAUGCUGAGGGACAUGCUUUAACUGCUGGUGAAGAAACACUCAUUCGUUUGUCAGUCGAAGGAGAGGCUAAUAUUGAUUUAAUAAGGUCAACUGAAAACGGUACCAUAACAAUUGCGAUGGCACAGAAUUCAGGGUCAUUUACAAUAACUGCAAGAUUAUAUUCAAUUGCUGGGAAGACUUUAAUGACUAAGAUUGAAGGACAAGCUUCGGCAGUAGCAGUGGAACCAUUGGAAGUUGUACCAUCUGAACUUUUUGUUGCAUGGACUGACAGCAUUCAAGAAGUGUUACUGAAACAUCGCGGCGGAGGCGAUGAGCCAGUAGUGUGGUCUGAGAGUGAGACGGAGCUGCAACCGCAGAGCUCUUUCUCGCUUGCACCCACGGGAGUCAUUACCGUACGCGGUGUGGGACAAUUGGACGUCAAAGUUCAGCUGAAGAAGUAUUCGCAUGUGCGUGCACAUGGAAGGAUAUUUUCAGCUCCACCAGAACUAGUACAAGUGUCGAGUUCUGGCCAAGCGCGCAUCGGCCGACCUCAUCAUUUGCACAUUGCACUCACGGCUACUCAUCCCGUCACUGGAGAACUCUACAACUUCCACUUGUGUAACUGCGCAUCUUUUUCUGUAUCGCUGCUUGAAGGUCCUGAACCAUUAAAUGUGACGGCUGCAACUUGGGUCCAGCCUGUAGAGGGCGCGUGCUGCGUGCUGCAGUGCUCGUGGGCCGCGCGCGGCGUGGCGCUGGUGCGCGUGUGGCGCGGGCGCGCGGGCGACGCGGCGCGCGUUGCCGUGCGCGCGGCGCCGCGCCUGCGCUGGCCGCCGCACGCUGCCGCCGCGCUGCUCACCGCCUCCGCGCCGGUGUUAGCUGAAGGAGAGGCCCUAGUUCCAUCGUCAAGUGAUUCCCGUGUUGCAGAACUAGUUUAUAGGGACGGACCGUCGCCACACAAAUAUCCAGAACUUCAACUCUUUACAUUCAAAUGCCGCAGGAAGGGCGACGUACGUCUUGAAAUAGCCUCGUCGUCUACUGAGGAGCGCGAAACCGUGGACUUUGAAGUGGCUUGCGCUCCGCAUGUUUCUAGAAUACGGUUAGAGGCCCCUCCUAGCCCCGGCAACUGUUCCGGUGGACCCAAAUUGUGGCUGCGCCCUGGCCAAGAAGUAUCUGUAAAAGUGACUUUGAUGGAUGCUAUUGGAAGAGAACUUUUAGAUGAGCAUGGUCCGCGAGUGGCAUGGGAAUCCCAACCUAAUCACGCUGGAAUAGAAUUCAAAGCCACAGAUCGACUAUUUGUUGAAACUGAUCCAGAAUAUGCACCGGUUCCAGUGCCUCUUAAAUAUUAUCAGUUAUUGGUAGCAGAUAAACAAGCUAUUGGAUGGACAGGUUCAAUCAAAGCCAGCAUACCUGAGGCAACUGCCAACAUACAAGCAAGAGUCGUGGCGCCUUUACAAUGUGAUCCGUUAAGGGUGAACAUUGCAUGGGAAGGUGAGUCAGUAUCCAACAUUGCAACAGUAACGGGAGGAAGUGGAAAAUAUGGUGUGGAGGCUGCAAAGGGUGUAACAGCAAGCAUAGAAAAUGGAGUCCUGACUGCUGCUGUACCAGCACCGGGAAUUUACGAUCUUGUUGUCACUGACUUAUGUGUGCAGGGAGAGAGACAAGUGAUUGAGGUUAAUAUAGAAGAAGUUUUGAACGUGGAAGUGGAGACGACGCGUGCCGUUUGUGUCGGAGGCUGUGUGCCCAUAACUGCUCUUGUUAAAGGAACAUCCCAGCGAUAUUUAAGCAGCAGCGGCCCUGCGGAAUGGCGAACCGUUGGCAACAUUAAGGUCAAGGAUGGCAAAUUGUGCGGACUUCAAGAGGGAUUGGGAAGGGUGCGAGCGUCACUUGCUGGUGUUUGGAGUCCCGAGCUAGAGGUGGUGGUGUUCCCGGCGCUAGUGGCAGUUCCUUCGCGCGCGCGCGUGCCGCCGGGCGCGCGCCUGCAGCUGCGGCACGUUGGCGGCCCGCCCGCGCACCUCGCGCGUCUGCACUACCGCGUCGCACACCACACUGACCGCAUACACGUACGUACACCUGGGCUGGUGGCAGUACCUUCGCGUGCCUGCAGCUGCGGCACGUUGGCGGCCCGCCCGCGCACCUCGCGCGCCUGCACUACCGCGUCGCACACCACACUGACCGCAUACACGUACGUACACCUGGGCUGGUGGCAGUACCUUCGCGUGCCUGCAGCUGCGACACGCCGGCGGCCCGCCCGCGCAACUCGCGCGCUUUCACUACCGCGUCGCACGCCAUACCGACCGCAUACACGUACGUACACCUGGGCUGGUGGCAGUACCUUCGCGCGCCUGCAGCUGCGGCACGACGGCGGCCCGCCCGCGCUACUCGCGUGCCUUCACAACUGCGCCGCACACCACACCGACCGCAUACAUGUACGUACACCUGGGCUGGUGGCAGUACCUUCGCGUGCCUGCAGCUGCGACACGCCGGUGGUCCGCCCGCGCUACUCGCGCGCUUUCACUACCGCGCCGCAUCACCACACCGACCGCAUACAUGUACGUACACCUGGGCUGGUGGCAGUACCUUCGCGUGCCUGCAGCUGCGACACGCCGGUGGCCCGCCCGCGCUACUCGCGCGCUUUCACUACCGCGCCGCACACCACACCGACCGCAUACAUGUACGUACACCUGGGCUGGUGGCAGUACCUUCGCGUGCCUGCAGCUGCGACACGCCGGUGCCCCCCCGCGCUACUCGCGCGCUUUCACUACCGCGCCGCACACCAUACCGACCGCAUACAUGUACGUACACCUGGACUGGUGGCAGUACCUUCGCGUGCCUGCAGCUGCGGCACGCCGGCGGCCCGCCCGCGCUACUCGCGCGUCUGCACUACCGCGUCGCACGCCACACCGACCGCAUACAUGUACGUACACCUGGGCUGGCGGCAGUAUUUUCGCGCGUGUGCCUGCAGCUGCGGAAUGCCGGCGGCCUUGUUUGUCCACUUACUGGACACGUUUAUUAUGGUGUCUCCAACUGGCUUAGUCCAAGGUUUGGCGAUGGGAACUGCACAUGUUAAGCUUGUGGCAACCGACAUAGCUAACGUAGAAAUGGCAAGCGCUGAAGCGGAAAUUGAGGUGGUUCCAAUCUCUGGCCUACGAGUACAUGCGUCAACACAAAAUCUGUUAGUCGGCUCUCCUACUCCGGUGUGGGUGGAAGCAGCUGGUCUGACGGCUGCUGCGUUGUCCGCCGUACAGCCGCCUCCGCGCGUGACUUGGACACUCAAAGACUCUACUACUGCACGACUUUAUACUGGACAUGUUGAUGAUCAGCUCGAGAGAUCGGUGGCAGAAGGGCUGUCUGUGAGGGUUGUGCCACUGAAACCUGGUGUCAUAACCAUUGAUGUCAGAGUUCGAAAUAUGGGCCAGGUGGCUGAAACUCGAUCAUGGGACAGCGCAAUCGAGAUCCUAGGUAUUUCAGAAAUACGUACAUCCGUUGAGGGUUUUCCAAAUGAAUUGGCAGCGGGCGAUAGACUUGCAAUCGCUGUCGGUUCGUCUAUUCGUCUUAAGUCUGUACCGAGAAGCGUUUGGACGUCGUAUAGUGAUGGAGUGUUUGAUUUAAGCCCAAGUGGAGAGGUGAAUACUUUAAGACCGGGCCAUGGAGUGAUUGUAGCUCAACAUAAGGAUGACAGAAAUAAUAUUUAUAGAGAAAACGCCAUUCACGUGGAGGUGUCGGUACCCCACUAUUGCACAGCAGAGCCAUCUGGUGACCAGGAUGACGAUUCGUUACGAGUUGUAUUAAGAAAUUCUAUUGGAAGAGAGCUACUGGCUCCUGGGGCUAAUGUAUCCGUCAACUCGCCUGUGUCGGCACAUGUUAGGCGAGCAGCUAACAGUGCUUUAGGCAAUGAAAUUAUAUUUACUGGCUUAGACUCUUCGGGCGCCUUUAUGAGCUUCCAAGCGACAGCCAGUGGAGUCACAGUUACUGAUGAAGUGUUAGUGGUUGGAGCUGAUUCGCAAGGAAAUCGAAUCGUUGCAACGGGCGGUUGGGCGGUGUGCGUGGAAGGUGUAGGGUGGCGCGCGAGCGGUGCGGUGUCGCUACACGCGGGCGCCGGCGUCACGCUAUGCGUACUGACGCGCGCGCACGCCGGCAGGCACGCUCUGCGCCGCGACCGCCCGCCCGCCGCGCUCUCGCUGCCCCAGGCGCCGCUGCACAGGAUGGAGUUUCUUGCUGGAGAGUGGCCACCAACAAUGGUACCGCUGGCCUUUGAAGCAAUCGGUCUCACUUCUGGUCCGAUUCUAUGUACUGAAGAGCAGAAAUACGCGUUGGAGGGAGUGCAAGUGGAACUUCCAUACACCUGUCGAACAGAAGCUCCUUAUACUGCUCAGCCUGUCCUUGAUCUACCCAAUGGUCAAAUGGGCUGCUCUAUAAUCCCGGCAAAACCGGUCGUGGAACCAACGGAAGUCGAGCUUUGCGCAGAAUGGGGAGUGAUGAGAACAUGUAUAAAAGUGUUACUGCUGCCUCCCAUACAAGUUUCCCACAACAAAGUGUCCGUGGCCAAUCCACCGGCAACAUUCACGGUCAGUGGCCACAAUCACGCGCUCAAGCUGGUCAAAAUGACCACAUCACCAGGGCUCAAACUUGAAAUGACCACCAAGGAUGGUGAGAUCACGGUCACGGUGAACGUCAAGAGUGAAACGGUGGCUUGUGGUGUUGGACACGUGCAUGUAUCAUCAAGACUGACGGCACAAGAAAUAACAGUUGAAGUUGAUAGGGAAUGUGAUAUUGCGUGCGGGACUUUGUUGGGUGCGAUAUUCUCACUGCUGAAACCGUAUCUCUCUACGUUGAUAACCGUUAUUGCUAUCGCAGCCGCGUAUUUGUAUGUUCAACAACGCUUCCAAAGUAAAGGCCAAAUCCGUAUGCCUAUAGACCCGGCAAUGCAGACUGUACUACCGCAGGAGUCACCGAGCCCAGUGCAGCGGUCGCGUACUUGGUCGCGGAGUCCUUAUGCGUCGGGAGGGCCAAAUGUGACCCACGUGCCUGACGUUCCUGUAUACGGAGAUGCCAGUGUGUUGCCAGACAACAGCUUCUCGCCAAAUUCCACCAGGACCCACUCUAGGUUCCUAUAG